UAUAAAGUAGGUCGUAGCCCCUAAAAACUGCAAGUUACUUGCAUUACACUCAAUUCCAUUAGCAAUUAGAAAAAAUAAUUGAACUCAAUUAUUUUCGAAAAUGUUGAAAAUUCACGAUCUUUAUGGCCAAACAUUUGCCCACGAGUUUCAGUUUUCGAAUCCGGACUCCAUUAAGAAUGCCGUUAAACGCUACAACAUGCAGCGGGCAGCGGAGCGAGAGGAGUGCAGAAAGGACAAGGAGCCGCACAAGUUGAGCAAAAUGCGUUUCUGUAAGAUGCGCAGCAGUGGAAACGAUGUGCUCGGCAUGGUUACGUCCCGGGAUCUCGAUGUGGAGACCCAAAUGUCGCUGCAACUCAAAAGUUGCAGCAGCAGCUCUAGCUGCGGUGCUAACAACUUGGCUUGUGAUCCGCCAUACUUGCAACGUUUAACGGGCGGUGCAGAGAAGUCACCACGUUGCAGGGCAAACACCAAGAAGCUCCGCAAUUCGCCGCGCAAGCCGAAACAAAGUCGCAAGUCGCCCACGUUCGAUGACGCGUAUGGAGCGCAUAUUGCAGGACUGCAUCGCGAACUCUGCGCGGAGCUGGAGGCGAUUGCGCCUUCCACAAUGAAGCUGAACGAAAAGAGGAGCAAAGCAAAACAACGAGGCAAUAGAAAACAGCAAGCACAACAGCAGACACCCCAAAAGCAACGACCCCAACAGCAACAGAAACAGCCACAACAGUAUCAGCAAAAAGCGAAGCUGCAUCCUAAGCUGCUACCAAAAGUGGAACAGUUCGAUGAGAACGCGCAGCAUGAGCAGAUUAUGGCACGCCUUAAGCAAGUGCUGAGCAUCAAUGACCACCCGCCACCGCCACCGCCACCGCCACAGCAUGUGCAACAAGUUUGCUACGCAAACUACACCGCACCCAUGUCCCAAUGGAUGGACAUUAUACCCGACGGCCCACAGUUGGAUGCAAUGAAUGAGCACUUUUGUCGCGCAUUGGACACGACGCCAUCGCUGGCGUGUCUCUUUAUGCAGGAGCAUGGCAUUGGGAUGACGGAGCCACCACCGCCACCGCCACAGAUGCCGCCACAGAUGCCGCCCUAUGCGGAGGACAGUGAUCUGGAGCAAGAGUACGCCGAUCGUCCGGGAUAUAUGCGAUACAUCGAACGCUUGCCAUAUGCGAGCAAUGUUAGUGCUGCGCCUAGUUUGCACAAGUUGCCGUGCUUUGUGGAACUCGAACCACAUCCGCAUUGGAUACGCUUGCAGCGCAGUCUGAAACCGAUGCGUUAUACUUCGCAGAGAUCAGACACAGAUACGCUGACGUUGUGCGAAGUGCCGGAGGAGCAACCUCCGCAACCGCAACCCAAAGUAGUUCCCAAAACUGAACGAAAGAGUGUGGCAUCAAAGCGUCGCCCAUUGGUGAAGCGCAAGCCAGCAACGGAGCAGCAGACGACAGUGCGACGUCAGCCUGGUGGUCGUGAAAAACCGACAACAGCAGCGAUUAGUCUCCUACCGAGCACAGCAGCCUUGUCACAGCAAAUCCCACCGCAACAGCAUCAGCAGCUGCAGCCGAAGCGACGCAAGCAACGCAAUGUGAUCUGCACUCGGUCGCUGGAGAAUCUCAAGUACCAGAAGAUGGCCAUCUACAAUCGCAUCUCGUUGAUGCAGGAACGCAUCAUCACGGCGCUCGAUCGGUUGCAGGGGAAACUGCUUCAGUUGCAGAUGCCGACGUGCAGCAACCAGGAGAAACAGCGACGCGAACGCAAUGCAUUCGAGUUCUGUGUGCGCUUCUCUCGCAACUUUCUGUAUCCGUUGCGCGGCCUGAUCGAGGAUGUGCGUUGCACUCCGGUCGGGAGUUUCCACAGUGCCAACUCGAAUGAGGCCAGCCAGCGUGUGGUGUGUGUCUAUGCGCUGAUGCACAACUCGAUACGCAGCUAUAGGCGCAAGUUGCGGUACUUUCUGCUCGACAAGGUGCCGCAAAAGUUGAGCGCCCUCAUCGAGAUGAUGUACACGCUGACGAACGUCUGUUUGGAUAAGGGUGUGCUCGAUCGUCAGGAUCCGGUGGUGGAGUGCUUGCAACAGCGUUGCACCAGCUUCAUUACCUUCAUCGAGGACAUGCAGCAGGAGCGUUUUCAGCUGGCACGCGAAACCUAUCGCCGCAUGCAAAAGCAUCAGCGUGCUGGAGUUCGGUCAGCAGGUGGACGUGGAAGUGGCAUGCACGAACGCUACGAUCUCAAGAUGUUCCUCAACGACCUCAAGUUGUAUGAGCCCCGUCUGGUGCCCAAGGAGAAGAGCCCGGAGAAACGACGUCCGCGCGGUUGGUUGCGGAGACAUUGCAAGCACAUGGCGCAUGCCAAUGGCCAAGUUCAAUCGAAUGCUCAGUCGGGGAAUGAGGCGAACUCCCCUCAUGAACAGCAGCAGCAAUCGGUGAAACGUGAUGGUGUUGUCGAGGUGCCAACGCAUAUUGAGUGCGUCCAUUGCGGUGAUUGUCGUGAUGCCAGUAGUGAUUGCUAUGAGCCCAGCGAGGAGCAAAAGCUGCAGUUGUCCAACAUUCUGGCGCUGUUGCAACAGCCGCACUACGAGAAGCACGAACUGCAUCAGAAGCUGCUGCAGGCCAUGGAGCAUGUGACCAAGUCGCAGGUGCGCGAAGUUCUCGAUCCACUUGUACGCUCCCUGGGCGCCAUCCUUGACAAGAAGUAUCACUAGUGAGGCACGCUUCACCACCAACGGCUAUUCCAUUUCCCAUUCCCAUUCCCAAUCGUUGAUACAAUCCUCAAAUAUUUGGCCAACUUUGUUUUCGACCCACCAAAUUGUUUAGUGAAACUAUUGAAUAUAUAACAACUAUGUUUGUUUUGAUUCGCGGUUUAAGCAACAA